AUGGAUAAAUUAAUCAAUUUGGAGUUUCUUGACCUCUCGGAAAACAAGUUAACUGGAUCAAUCCCGUCUCAACUUGGUCAAUGCUCCAAAUUGUCUUCAUUAGAUUUGAGCUGGAAUUCAUUGAAUGGGAGCAUUCCAUCUCAAAUUGGUGAUCUAGUCUCCUUACAAAUUCAAUUGGACCUUAGUCAUAACUCAAUUAGUGGACCGAUACCACCUGAGCUUGCAAAGUUGGUGAUGCUGGAAAUCUUGAAUCUAUCCCAUAAUAUGAUCAUAGGCUCAAUACCUUCUUCUCUCGAAGAGAUGGCUAGCUUAGUAUCUCUUGAUUUGUCCUACAAUGAGUUGGAGGGUGUUGUUCCUAACAACAAAGUUUUCAGAAAUGCUUCACCACAAGCAUUUAGAAACAAUAAAGGGUUAUGUGGUGACCUUCAAAAUCUACUUCCCUGCAAUCAAUCUCAUAGAAGCAAGGGAUCGAAGAAAAAGGGCUAUAAGGUUGUCAUAUCCAUCAUUGCUUCUUUGAUAGGAAUUGUAUUCUUAGCACUUGCAAUUAUCGGUGUUUUCUACCUCUUGCGGAAAAAAGCAAAACAAGGAAAUAUAGAAGCAACAACAAGAAAUCAUGGCAAUAUAUUUUCAACAUGGAAUUUCGAUGGCCAUAUUGCUUACGAGGAUAUUAUUCAAAUAACAGAGAAUUUUGAUUCCAAAUAUUGCAUUGGAAUUGGAACUUAUGGGAGUGUUUACAAAGCAGUGCUACCUACUGGCCAUGUUGUAGCUUUGAAGAAGUUCCAUCCGUUGGAGGGUGAGACAAUUAUAGUUAAUGAUGAAAGCUUUGGGAAUGAGAUACGUAUAUUAACAAAAAUAAGGCAUCGAAACAUUGUCAAACUUUAUGGAUUCUGCUCUCAUCCACGAUGCAUAUUUCUUGUUUUUGAGUAUAUGGAAAAGGGAAGCAUAGCACGUAUCUUAAGCAAUCAAGCAGAGGCUAUGAAGUUUGAUUGGCUGAAAAGAGUAAAUGCCAUCAAAAGUGUGGCCAAUGCUUUGUCUUACUUGCAUCAUGAUUGCAUUCCACCAAUAAUUCAUCAGGAUAUUUCAAGCAAAAAUAUAUUACUGGACUUGGAACUUGAGGCUCAUGUAUCCGAUUUUGGCAUUGCAAGAUUAUUAAAGCCAGACUCAUCUAAUCGGACGUCACUUAAAGGAACUCAUGGAUAUAUUGCUCCAGAGCUUGCAUACACCAUGGCUUUAACUAAGAAAUGUGAUGUAUAUAGUUUCGGAGUAGUGGCAUUCAAAAUAAUUAUGGGAAAUCAUCCGGGGGAUCUCAUCUCAUCUUUAACAUCAUUAGUUGGCCAAAAGAUUCAAUUAAGGGACAUGUUAGACCCAUGCCUCACCUUUCCAUCAGACCAAAAGGUUGCAAAGGAUUUGGUUUCUAUUGUGAGAAUAGCACUUGCAAGUUUACGCAGUCAUCCACAAUCCCGCCCAAAUAUGCAUCAAGUAUCAAAAGAGCUACUUGUUCUCCAACCAUCAUUUGUGGAGAAUUUUCAUAGAAUUACUAUAGGUGACCUAAAUGCUAUUGAAAUAGAUCGAAGACUCAUCUGA